AUGGAUGACCUCAAGUUUGAUCAGGCAAUUAGUGCCACAUCGAUUGCUCCUUCAUCAGGGACUACAGCAAACGAUUUGAAAAUGAAGUUAAAUGAUCAUAGUGGUAUGAACAACCAUUCUAAUGCAAGCAAUCAUAUUAAGGUAAAGGAUGGACAUUCCUCAUCUUCAAAGUCCAAAGAUGGCCAUAGUUCUAAGCAUUCCUCCAGUUCAGACAAGCACAGGGAUGGACAUUCCGAUAAACAUAAGAAGUCCUCCUCUAGCUCGGACAAGCACAGGGAUGGGCACUCAGACAAACACAAGGAUGGACACUCAGUUAAGCACAGGGAUGGGCAUUCGGACAAGCAUAAGGACGGACACUCGGACAAACACAAGGACAGACACAAGGAAUCUUCCAAACAUAGUUCAUCUAAAAGUAGCUCACACAACUCAUCGGACAAACACAGUUCAUCAUCGGACAAACACAGCUCAUCAUCGGACAAACACAAGGAUCGGCACAAAGAGAAAAGCUCUUCAAGUGAAAAGCAUCGUGACAAAUCAAGUUCACAUAAAAGCAAAGAUGGCAGUAGCAGCUCGCACAAGGAAAUCAAGCCUAGUGACUCCUCAACAGUAAAAUCUGAAAAGACAAGUGAGGAGCGCAAAAGAGAAAAGCAUGAACACCGUGAAAAGAUGAAGGACAAGUCUGAGCACAAGGAAGCCAAACCUAGUAUGGUCAAGUCAGAGACUGUAUCUAUCAAGCAAGAACAUCCCCAAAUGAACAACAUGCUGUCACCAACAAAAACACCAGUGAAAGUGAAGCGUGAACCAGAGAGUGAUGAUGAUGUUCCUUUGAUUGAAAGUGAUGAUGAACCUUUACAAGAAAGACUUGACCUUUCAUUCAUCACUGCCCUCCCUCCUUUCAGAGCUGACAAAUUUAAAAUUAAGAAGAUCAAACAUGAGGAAAGUGAUCAGGAGCCAUCCAAAAAAAGAAAAGCAGAGGAAAUGACAGAACCAGUUAAAAAGAAAAAAAUCAAGAAGGAAAUCAAAACGGAACCAGAAACUCCAACUAAAAAAGAAAGAAAGAAAAAAGGGGAUGAGGAACAGAUUGUUUGGAAAUGGUGGGAAGAAGAAAGAAGAGAGGAUGGCGUCAAAUGGAUGUUCUUAGAACACAAAGGGCCUCUGUUCGCACCAGAUUAUGAGCCCUUACCUGACAAUGUUAUCUUUAAAUAUGAUGGGAAAGUUUUAAAAUUAAGUCAGGAUGCUGAAGAAGUGGCAGGUUUUUAUGCUAAAAUGUUGGAACAUGACUACACAUCCAGUGAGAUAUUUAACAAGAACUUUUUCAAAGAUUGGAGGAAGGUGAUGACUCAAGGAGAAAGAGAAUUGAUUGUAGAUCUCAAAAAAUGUGAUUUCAGAGACAUGCAUGCAUUCUUUAUGCAGCAGUCAGAAGACAGGAAAAAUAGAUCCAAAGAAGAAAAAUUGGCACUAAAGAAGAAAAAUGAAGAGAUUCAGUUGGAAUAUGGCUACUGUAUUAUGGAUGGACAUAAGGAGAAAAUUGGUAAUUUUAGGAUUGAACCUCCAGGUCUGUUUCGUGGUCGUGGAGACCACCCUAAGCAGGGAAUGCUGAAACGUAGAACCAUGCCAGAAGAUGUUAUCAUUAACUGCAGCAAAAAUUCCAAAAUUCCAGAACCCCCAGCUGGGCGCAAAUGGAAAAAAGUCCAAUGUGACAAUAAAGUGAGUUGGCUGGCAUGUUGGUCAGAAAACAUUCAGGGACAAACCAAAUAUGUCAUGCUGAAUGCAGCAUCUCGCCUGAAGGGGGAAAAGGAUUGGCAGAAGUAUGAAGUGGCACGGCGCCUCUACAAGCAUGUUGACAAGAUUCGAGCCACAUAUCGAGAAGAUUGGAAGUCAAAAGAAAUGAGAAUACGGCAAAGGGCUGUUGCCUUGUAUUUCAUUGAUAAGCUUGCUUUGAGAGCAGGUAAUGAGAAAGAGGAAGGUGAGACUGCAGAUACAGUAGGUUGCUGUUCUCUUCGUGUUGAGCACAUUAAGCUGCACCCUGAAAUAGAUGAUAAAGAAUUUGUGGUUGAAUUUGACUUCCUUGGUAAAGAUUCAAUCCGUUACCAAAACAAAGUGCCUGUAGAAAAACGUGUUUUCAAGAAUCUGCAGUUGUUUAUUGAAAAUAAACAACCUGGUGAUGACUUGUUUGACAGAUUAAAUACAGCAACAUUGAAUAAGCAUUUGCAUGACUUAAUGGAAGGGUUAACUGCAAAGGUUUUUAGGACCUUUAAUGCAUCCAAGACCCUACAAGAACAACUGGAUCUACUUACUAAUCCUGAAGAUGCUGUUCCUGCCAAGCUCCUGUCUUAUAAUCGUGCAAAUCGUGCUGUGGCUGUUUUGUGUAACCAUCAGCGGGCAGUACCUAAAAACUUUAGUAAACAGAUGGAGAAUUUGCAGAAUAAGAUCAAAGCCAAAAUGGAUAUGGUUAAGGAUGGAAAGAAACAAGUAAAGGAUGCAAAAAGUGAUUACAAGAAUCAAAAAACUGAGAAAGCCAGAAGUAUAUAUGAAAAGAAGAAGAAACAAUUGGAACGUCUCCAAGAACAGUUGUGUAAACUGGAGGUGCAAGCCACAGACAAGGAUGAAAACAAAGAAAUUGCUUUAGGCACUUCCAAAUUGAACUACCUUGACCCAAGAAUUUCUGUUGCCUGGUGCAAGAAAUGGGAGGUUCCUCUGGAAAAGAUCUACAAUAAAACCCAACGUGAGAAAUUCCGCUGGGCCAUUGACAUGGCAACUCCUGAAUUUAGAUUUUAA